AUGCUUAUUUCUUCUAUCCUUGAUAAAACCAAUGAUUUUCAUGUGAAGGUCAUCCCAAUUGACUCCAUUGAUUCUGCAUACUUUUCCGAGAACCUCACUUUUGAAGAAAGGGGAGGUAAUUUCAAGUAUCGAGAAUCUUCAAUAUUCCAUCCUUUGUCUUGUGAUCACCCACUUUGUAUUCCAAAAAUUUGCCAGCAGGAGAUCUGUCACUAUGAUGUGAGUUAUCCCGAAAGCGGCACUAGGGGUUGGUUUGCGCAUGACACAUUUAUAUUCUCAAGUGGUACUAAAACCUCUGAAAGGUUUCCUGCUGUAUUCGGAUGCGGUUUUGAUGAUAGAAAUAUUUCAUUUGGAGAUGAGACACCUAACAAUGUGACAGCAGAGAUAAUGGGUUUAGGCUAUGGACCAAGAUCCAUUCUGAACCAACUAAGGCAAUAUACAGGAUUACGGUUUGCCUACUGUCUACCAUCUUGGAAAGAACCAAACAGAACAUAUACAUACAUAUGUUUUGGCAACAAUGCAAUCUUUAGAGGAGAUCUUUUAAGCAGGGUUCAGAGUACACGGAUGAUGCUGCGAAGAUCAGCUCUAUACUAUGUGAAUAUGUUGGGAAUUAGUAUUGAAGGAAGGAGACUGAACAUAAAUCCUGCAGUUUUUCAGUUGAAUCCAAAUGGCACAGACGGGUUUGGUAUGGAUUCUGGAAGUCCUCAAACUUAUCUUGCUACAUCUACAUAUGUGACUCUAAGGGAAGAAAUGGUUUAA